UUGCAUCUUGCACUGGGAUUUGUUCUAUUGUUAUCUGCUGUUACUGCUGCUGUUUCUGUCGCCAUUGUUACUCCACUGACUUCUCCUCUUCUUCUAUUAUAUUCAACAUCCAGCUACUAUUCUGUUGCACCUUCGGUUGGCAUUUCAGCAGCAGAUGAAUAUUGGGCAGCUCGUUACAUUCUUGAGAGGAUUACUGAGAUUACUGGAGUUGUAGUGUCAUUUGACCCCAAACCUAUUCCGGGUGAUUGGGAUGGUGCUGGAGCUCAUACAAACUACAGCACAAAGUCUAUGAGGAAUGAAGGAGGCUAUGAAGUCAUUAAGAAGGCAAUUGAGAAGCUUGGACUGAGGCACAAGGAGUAUAUUGCAGCAUAUGGUGAAGGCAACGAGCGUCGUCUCACUAGAAGACACGAAACUGAUGGAUUAUUAUAA